UCCUCCUCCUCUCCUCUUCCUCCCUCUCCUCUCUGGAGGUGAAGGUGGAGUCAGCUGUUGCUAUAGAAACCAGGGAUGUUAAAGGGAGAAUUGUGUGAAGUUACUCAGAGUGAGAGUGUGUGAACAGGAAGUGUCCUUCACAAUAAAACAACAACACAAGUCUGGACGUCAGCUGAUUAAACAGAAUCAUUUUCAUAUUUAGUAGUUUUACUUUCUGUUGACAUGUUUCUCCAUAGAUACCUCUGUAAUCCCGCCCUGCUGACCUCUGAUUGGCUGAUUAGCUUUAAAGGUUAUGAAGGCUUUUCUCUUGUUGAAGAUGCUCAUCAAAAGAUGAAUAACUUAAAUAUAUCUUUCUUUUAAUUCCGUAUGGCCCUUUUUAUAAAAUCAGUAACAAGGUGAGUUAUGUUCAGAUGAAAUCCUGAAAGGUAAAAAAAUGAUAGAGAUUAAAACCUGUCGGUUGAUAUUAAAUAAAUCAUCGACACAGAGAUCCAACAGGGCUGCUUCGUGCAUCAACAGUAACCUUCGACCUUUACAGUGUUAAGAAGAAGCUUAGUCCUCGUUUAGUGUAAUAAAUUAAUCACACAGAUCGGAUCGUGUGAUCCGUUCUGAUGCUGUGUUUUAUUUUGAAAGGUCCCGGAUAUAGGGUGUGUUGUGUAUGCUUGAUGCAGUAAAAUAAAGUAGUUCGUGUUGAUGUGAGCAGACACAGAUAAGCAAAGACUCCGGGCUGAUCCUGAGCGGACCUCUUUGAGUCCGGACUGAUCCUGAGCGGACCUCUUUGAGUCCGGACUGAUCCUCUUUGACUCCCUCAAAGUAUGAGAAGAUUGGAAAGAUCGGCGAGGGCUCGUACGGUGUCGUCUUCAAGUGCAGGAACAAAGACACGGGACAGAUCGUCGCCAUCAAGAAGUUUGUGGAGUCAGAGGACGACCCGAUCAUCAGGAAGAUCGCCACGAGGGAGAUCAGGAUGCUGAAGUCUCUGAAACACUCCAACCUGGUGAAUCUGAUCGAGGUGUUUCGCCGUAAACGGAAGCUCCACCUCGUGUUCGAGUACUGCGACCACACCGUCCUCAACGAGCUGGACCGCCAUCCCAGAGGCGUCCCCGAGCAGCUGGUCAAGACGAUCACAUGGCAGACUCUUCAGGCGGUUAACUUCUGUCACAAACAGAACUGUAUCCACCGAGACGUGAAGCCUGAAAACAUUCUGAUCACCAAACAUCAAGUCAUCAAACUCUGUGACUUCGGCUUUGCCAGGAUCCUCACCGGUCCAUGUGACUACUACACGGACUACGUGGCUACUCGUUGGUACCGAGCGCCCGAGCUGCUGGUGGGUGACACUCAGUACGGCGCCCCGGUGGACGUGUGGGCGGUCGGCUGUGUGUUCGGCGAGCUGCUGUCGGGGGUCCCUGUGUGGCCCGGGAAGUCGGACAUGGACCAGCUGUACCUGAUCCGAAAGAGUCUGGGAGACCUGAUCCCUCGACACCAGCAGGUCUUCAGCAACAACCAGUUCUUCUGCGGGGUUUCCAUCCCGGAGCCACAAGAGAAGGAACCUUUGGAGCAGAAAUAUCCUAACCUGUCCCCUCAGGCCCUGAGUGUGCUGAAGGGUUCUCUGAGGAUGGACCCGUCCGAGCGUCUGACCUGUGAGCAGCUCCUGCAGCAGCCGUUCUUCGACUCGCUGCGAGAGAAGAGCGAGAGCGCCACCCGAGAGCAAGAGCGCUCCAAGAGGACACGGCUACCUCGUAAACACGUCCCAGCAGGGUAUCUCCCUCAGCUCACCGGCAGCAGCGUCUUCCCCCCUGUGGACAAUAAGAGGUACUACAACAACCUGCGCCGGUUCAACUAUCACCUCCCCAACAUCUAAACUCAUCGGGGACACCUCAGGACGCCUGCUUUGGACCCGUGUUGGUUUCUGCACGCUGUCUCUGGCUGCAGCUGAUUGGAUAAAGACUUCACAGACAAAGAGCGGCGUGCUGCUCUGCUUGAAAAGACUGAAGGUCGUGACCUGCUGCCUCACCUGGUUUGCCAAAUCAGAACUUUUUAAAUCAACCGACUCUGCAGGAGUGACACGUUUCAAAAUGUGAAGUUCCCCGCCUACAACGUGAGAAUAUUUAUUUAUCGCAGUCAUGACGUGUUGAACUCUCUCAGGACGCUCACAUCUCUCCUCACUCGUUGUAAAAACGCCAAAAGAACGUUCAGAUUGUUUUUGUGUUUCUUUAAUGAGCAAUAACAUUUAACACUUCCACAUGUUCAAAUAAAUAAAUGUCAGUUCACUCCGUCA